UGCGUUUUGUCAAGGUGGUUAUUGUUGCCUGGAGUCUUCGCUGAGUCUGUCGUUCUUUUGUUUUGUCUGCAACACUAUCCAACUUUCUACUUUCCUUAAACCAUCCACUCGUUUGAUCGAGCUAUUAACAUCUCAACUUCCCUACUCAAGACGUCGCUGUUGUGUCUUCUGUUCUUCUUUCUUUUAUAUCUACAACUGCUACUCUAACUAACGCUAACUCCUCCAAUUUAUCAACUUCAUCCAACUUGCUCCUAAAUUCAUCUACAUUCACUUCAAAUAAUCCCAACAAUAGUCCAAACAACGAUCUAAACAACAGUCCAGAUAAUUACAACAAUAUGAAUACUGUCAAUAUUCAUUCCUUUCAGGAUAAUUUCCAAAAUCAAAUUCAUUUUGAUAAUCCAUCAUCCUCAAACCAAAAUCUAGCUUCAAAUCCAAUUCUAAACAAUCUGAGUAAUGCAAUUUUAUCAACUAACACCUCUCAACAAAUGGUUAUUCCCAAACCAAUUUUAUAUCCAAAUGAGCUUAUCUUGAAGCUAACUCCUAUCACAAACUGUUUUUUUGAUAUUCUAUUAGACAUCGAUUCAUUGUCAAUUCAAUAUUCAAACUUGAUAAAAUUUUAUCAAAAAUUAUCAAAUGAUGAUUUUGAAUUGGACGAUAACUAUAAUCCUACCACUGCUACUACCACUACUACCACUACUAAUAAUAAUAACAAUAACAAUAACAAUAACAACAGCAACGAUAAUAAUCAUUCUUCUAAUACUAACCAUAGUUCCAAUAUCGAGAACGACAACGUAAAAUUAAACCAAAAUUUAAAAAGUUACCAAUUUUGUCUACUAUACCUAACAACUCUAAGAAUCAUCAUCAUUCCUUACUUGAACUCAAAAACUCCCAAGAUUAACUACUCCUUCACCAUAUCAAUAAACAAAAUUAAAAAAUGCCAUAUUGAAAAAUUUUACAACAUUAAUCUCAAAAAACUAAGUUACAACGUCUCAAUAAUCUUUCCCAUUCCUAUUUUUAUUAAUAACAACUUCAUCUAUAACAACUCAAUCAUUGAACUAAACUCAAACUCAAAAAAAAGAAUAUCAAAUAUUGCUUCCCUAAUCUCAGCAAUAAGAUAUUCUCACUGUGUAGCAAACAAUUUACCAAUUAAAUCUAUUAAACCGAAUCGUCAAUACAAUAAUGCCACUGCAAACAACACAAAUAAAAAUGAUUACUCAAGUAUAGAAAUUGGUAAUGAUCUUUUCUUUCACUCUUUAGAUCCUAAAAUCCAAUUCUCAAUAAGCAACUACUACAACAAAAAUUUAUCCACAGAUUUAAUCAAUUACACAAACACCUCCAAUAAUAACUCAAACAUAAACAUCUUAUCCAAUGAUACCACAUCCAAUUAUACUAUAUCCAACCAACCCUCUGAUAACGACAUUAAUAAACAAAAUACCUACAGUGAUGAAUAUGACGAUGAUUAUCUACCUUCAUAUCUAGAAUCAGAAACCGCCGUUGGAAACUUCUUUAAACAAAUUGGUCUAUUAAACCAAAUCAUCAUAAAAGAUGAAAAUUCCCUAAAUUAUAUCAACAAUCUUUGUUCAAGAGACAGAAUUAAUAACUAUGAUCUAAAUAAUAUAGAUGAUGAUUUCAGACCUUUUAUCUUUAUUAAAAAAAAAUCUUUUAAAUUGGAAUACGGCAAUUAUUACUAUAAAUUCUUAGCUGAAAAUUGUCUAAGAUAUUCCGAAAGGAAUAUCGAUGACAUUAUCGAUUUAAUCAACUUAAACUCCUAUAAAAUUAAUACCAACAAUACUGGGAAUACCAUUACAAUUAAUAACAACAAUCAUAAUAAUAACAACAACAAUAAUAAUAAUAAUAAUAACAACAACAACAACAACAAUAAUAAUAAUAAUAAUAAUAAUAAUCAACAGAAUUUUGCAGAAGAUGAAAAUGAUAAUGAAAUCAGUAAUGAUAACGAUAACGAUAAAGAAACUCAAAUUAAAACUCAAAAUAAUAAUCAAAUUAUUAGCGUCACCCAGUCAAUUGAUCAUAAAAAUGACCAAUUUGAUAUUUUUCAUGAUGAAAAUUUAAUAAUAAAUAUGCAAAAUAACAAUAAUAAUAACACUACAAAUAACAUUUCCAAUAAUAACACAAAUAAUAUUUCUAAUAAUAACACAAAUAAUAUUUCUAAUAACAACAAUGAUGAUAAUUCUAACAAUCAAAGUCAUUCCAUGACACUUGACCCUUUACAAAGCAAUAACAAUCAAAUUUACAAUCUAAACACAAGUCAACUGUUUUUUGAUUUGACAAAUACUUUUUUAAAUAACUCGACAAUUCGGCGCUAUGGCAAUACUAAUAACACUAACAAUAAUGAUAAUAACAUUAAUAAUGGUGAUAAUAUCAAUAACAACAAUGCUAAUAGCGAUAGCAAUAAUCUCAAUAUCGAUAACAUAAAUACUAAUAGAAAUAGAAGCUUCACUUUAGAAACAAAUCUUAAUAUUAAUCUCAACCUUAAUCUCAAUCUGGCUCAAAAUUUAAAUGGAAAAAUAAAUCACAAUAUAAAUAAUAAUACAUCGAUAUCUUCGCCAAUGAUAAAUUCUAACGGAUUUGUCAAUAAUAAUUCUAGAAUUAAUAACACAAAAUUUACUUACGAACCCAAAAAUAAUGAAAAUGAAAAUAGCUCCGAUUUACUAAAUUAUAUAAACCAAACUAAAAAUUUAGUGUACGAUAAUCCUUAUACAGAUAUUAUCAAUACAAGAAUAUUAAUGAAUGAAAAAGAAAACAAACAAAAGGAGAAAGAAAAGUUAAAACAACAGGAAAAAUUGAUCAAGAAGGAGAAACUCAUUAAAAACCAAAAUAGAAUUAAAAUUAAAAUCAAAAAUAAAUCAAGAAAUAAAACUAAAUUUAAAAAUAAAAAUAAAUUAGAUAUUACAAAUUCUAACAUUGAAAAUAUUUCAAUCAAUGAUAACCAGUCAAUUUCUACAACUGAUUUUUUAAAUUUUAAUAAUAAUUAUCAUAACAAUAAUCAUAACAGUAAUACUAUUAACAAUAAUAACAACAAUAAUAACAAUAACAAUCACAACAAUGGUGAUAAUCAUUUUUCAAAAAGUAAUAGCAAAUUGUCAUUAGAUAUUCAUAGAAAGCUAUCUUUCGAUAUAAUGGGUAGUAUCAAUAAUUUCAGUCAUAAUCAUGUUUAUAAUCAUGUUCAUAAUCAUAAUAACAAUGAUAAUGCCAGUAUUAAUCACAGUAUUAGAACUAGAAACAGUGAUAUUAGAAGUAUUUUUGACGCUGAAUCGAAACUCAAGUAUAAGAAAGGAGGAAAAUUUUUCAACAAAUCAAUUAAUAAAUUUAAGAAAAUGCAAAGUAAAUUAAGCUUAAAUAAUACAGUUGGUGAUCAUGAAAAUGAAGGCGACUUGACUAUGAAUCAUUUUAGUAAUAAAAACGAGAAUGUCAACAAUAUUAGUAAGAAUGAGAAUAACAAUGGUGAUAGUAGAAGCAUUGUUAGUCAGUUGGAUCAAUCAUCGCUAUCAAACGAUUUAUUAUUAUUACCAACAAUUCCAAAUUCAGAAUUGGCAUUCACACCAACCUCAAAUGCAUUUACAUUGGCUAGCAAUAAUUCAACGAUUGAUAUUAACAACAAUAAUACCACAUUAAAUGUUUAUAAUAAUAGCGAUAGCGAUAGUAAAUCGAAUUAUCAUAAACAAAUGGGAAAAGAACAAUAUAAAGCUAAAAGAAGCGCAUCAUCAAUGUUAAACACUUUUGACAAUAAAGAAGAUGAUAAUACACAAACGGGUAGCAGCAAAAUGUCAAUAAAAACCGACUAUUCAAAAAAAUUGCAGUUAUUAACACUAGAUCAGAAGAAUCCAUCUAAAUCAUUGGAUCCUUAUAUGAUCGAAAUGGAAAGAAUUAGAAAAGAAGAAGAAGAAGCCAAAAUGAAAGAAAAAGAAAAAAUGGAGCAGAAAGAAAUUGAAGAAUUGACUAAUAUUCAUUUAGACUAUAAAUUGGAUUUAGGAGAGGAUUUCAAAACCCCAUUUGCUUCAACACUUAAUUUUGAUGGGUUAUUUAAUUGAUUGAUUGAUUGAUAAAAAGACUUUUUAAAUCAUAUAACUAAAAUGUUAGCAUGGAUACUUGUUAUUUUUUUUUUAGGAGUGUGAGUUCUCAGCUUUAAAUUUAAUUGUUUUCUACGUUUUUCCUAUAUUUUCCUAUGUUUUAUCUAUUUUGUUAUCUAUAUUUUUGAAUUUUUUCUCAGUUAUUUAAUUUUUCCUUUUGUUUUUCUAAAUAGUAUUUAAGUUAUUUGAUUGUUUUUAUUUUAGUUUUUUAGUUUUUUAGUUAUUUUAAUUUUUC